AUGCGAUCGACUGACGAAAUCUCUGACAAUACUAUCAGGGAAACGACUUUAGGAAACGAUAAAACAGAAUAUGACAGUAAUUCUGUUAAGACAUCCACAGGCCUGGAAGAUUUUCCAGACGGUGGAUUGAGAGCUUGGUUAAUUAUUGGAGGGACCAUGUGCAGCACCUUCGCAACGGUCGGUUUUGUGAAUGCGUGGGGGGUAUACCAAGAAUAUUAUGAAGAGACCUUGCUGAAAGACUCUAACCCCUCUACCAUUGCAUGGAUCGGGUCUGUCCAGUAUGCUCUCAUCUUCUUUCCAGGCCUAAUAGUAGGCCACCUAUUCGACAUUGGGUACUUCAGAAUCCCAUUCAUACUCGCGACUAUCCUGCUAGUCGUAUCAACUUUCCUCAUUGCUGAGUGUUCCCAGUACUGGCAUUUCCUACUUUGCCAGGGCUUCGCCAUUGGGCUGGCCUGUGGGACGAUAUUUAGUUGCGUUGUAGGUAUCGUCGGGCAUUGGUUCCGACGACGACGAGGGAUCGCCCUGGGUUUGACAUCUGCCGGGGCGGCGGUUGGCAGUACUGUGUUCCCAAUAGUUGCUCAUAAUCUUAUGAAGAACAUUGGAUUCGCGUGGACAAUGCGAGCCAUUGCCUGCAUCCUUGUCUUCAGCAUGGGUAUCGCCAACCUGACAAUGAGACGCCGACUUCCCCCCGCAAACUCAUCGGGAGGGAUCUUCAACCUGAAGGCGUUCACCAACACACCUUAUACUCUUUGGUGUCUUUCUACUUUCACCGCAUUUCUGGGGAUAUAUACAGUUUUGACUUAUAUUAGUGUCAGCGCCACUGCUUACGGCGUCUCGCCCGAUAUUGCGUUUUACCUUGUCUCUACCGUUAAUGCCAGCUCAGGAAUUGGAAGAAUAAUAGCAGGGACUUGUGCCGAUCGAUUCAGGGCCUUGGAUUUCUUCGGGCCCAUGACAAUCAUAGCAGGUGCCCUCACCUACGCAUGGCCAUUCGCCCGGACUGUGACUUCCAUGAUCGUCGUCGCAGUUAUCUACGGAUUCUCUAGCGGAGCAUAUGUCUCCUCGUUCCUCAUUCCGGUCUUCGAACUAGGCGAUAUUAGUGACGCUGGACGACGCACAGGAAUGACAAUGUCGAUAGCAGCCCUUGGGGCCGUUGCGGGUCCACCGAUCUCUGGGGCUAUUAAUACAGCAACCGGAGGCUUUGAGGCUAUGGGUUAUUAUGCAGGGACAACUAUCAUGCUCGCCGUGAUAGUGAUGUACAUCGUCCGGCAUCUUAUUGUUAAAACAUCCUGA